ACAAUAUAAAACUCGAAUCAAACCGUGUCCUGAUCCGAGACAUCAUUGUACCAGUAGUCAGUCGGCCACUGCUUUUAAUCACAUUCCCAAGCCCCAAACAAUUCCUCCGGUUGUCCGAAAAGCAGAGUUCGAUAAUGGCGACGUCCUCUGCUUCUAGGGUUCCUGCAAAACCAGCGGGCACUUCUUCAAUACUGUCGAUGCUUAAGGCAUACUCUAUCCCUUUUAUACUUUUCUGUGCUUCACUCUUCUAUCAGUUAGUCGUAAUUCCUCGUGCCUUUCCCCGUUCGCAUUAUGAUGCAUUGGGUAUCAAAUCGCAAAGUUCAAUUGAGGAAGUUAAUCAGGCGUACGAGAAACUCUCUUCAAAGUGGAAUUUAGGCGUUGAGGUUCCUUCUACCAUCGAUUUUAUCAAGGCUCGUUAUGCUUUUGAAUUGCUGACAAAUCAAAUUUGGAAGGGAGAUUAUGACUUAUUCGGUAUUGAUGAGCAGUUCCAUGUUAUUGAAAAGGCUAAAGAGCAGUAUGCCGGGAGAAGUAUUUCAGAAAUCAGCUUUCCUCUCCUGGAGACAUUUUCUUUUGAUCAUGAAGACCAUGCUUUUGAUGUUAUAAGCUCUGAGAAUUUUCGAUCCAAGCUUGAAACUGACAAGGCAUUGUUAAUUCAGAUUUUUUCUCCGGGGAGUGUGCGAUGUGCUCAAUUUUCAAACAAAUGGAAGAGAAUUGUUACUUUGCUGGAUGGGGUCGCAGAUACUGGAGUUAUUGAUCUUGCUGAUGUUCAACUUGCCACAUAUCUAGCUGAGAAAGGACCUGGCGGACUACCAUUUUUUAGACAUGGAAUUCCAGCAUUUGUGGCUUUCCCCCCAGGUUGUAGAGGUUUAAGGUGCAUGUCUAGGUAUGAAGGAGAACUUUCCAUUGAUUCAGUUACUGAUUGGGUUGCGACGACCAUUCUAAGUUUGCCACGUAUUCGGUACUACUCAAAGGAGUCAAUGGCACAGGAUUUUCUGCUGAAAAGCAAACCUCACAAGGUCAAGGUCAUUUUCUUCUCUCAAACUGGUGAACGGGCAACUCCAUUUAUUCGUCAAGCUGCUAAGAAUUACUCAGCCUAUGCUACAUUCGCAUUCGUGCUAUGGCAGGAAGGAGAAUCUUCAUUGUGGUGGAAUAUGUUAGGGGUCGAAUCUGCCCCUGCCAUCGUAUUUCUAAAAGAAACAGGUGUCAAACCUGUUGUUCAUCAUGGCUAUGUCAACAGUUCAUUGUUUGUGGAUAUUAUGGAGAAGAAUAAAAAUCAAGGUACUUAUCUUUUCUCCCUUUUACCAUUGUAUUUGGCUAUUUCGUCAGUUUCAUAGUUAGUGUACUGCAUAAGUGAAUUGAACACGUAUUUUUUCAUAAACUGCUUUAUCUGAUAUUAUUUGUGCUGUGGCUAAUCAAUUUGAGAUUUUAGCAAAUACAUUCAAGUCAGCCAGGUUUAUUUUGUUCAUGUUACUCUAGUGUCAGCAAUUAUUAUGUUUGAGCAUUGACACUCAUUUUAGAUUGACUUAGCAAAUUUCCGUCUGGAGUUAUCCUUUUUAUUCUUGUUGAAUGUUAUGGUUAGUGUUUCCAGUAUCAAUAGAGGAGAAUACUGCUUCAAAUAUAAGUGUUUUUCACUCAUUAAUUUCAAGUAUAUUUCCUCCAAGUGAUAAGCCACUUUACCAAGAAUUCUUUUUGGUAAUUAAUGCUUAUUAUUAGAAAAAUCAUUUUGGCUAGAGCUGCCAGUAGUAGAGUGAAGAUAGAAGACAAUAUAGAAAUUGAAGUUUUAAAAUCAUUGUUAUAUCCUGCUUUGUGCCUUUGUGUGUGCUAAUUUAGAGUGUCAUGUUAUGGCUUUAGAUGGAUGGUUAGUGUAAUUUACCCAGAUGCGAACAAGGAACUAUAUUUUAUUACUAGUUCAUUGAAGUGUAGUUUUUCAUGUGACCAUAGUAGUUAUUGCAGUUAUUCUGUACAUAUUGUAUGCAUAGUUGUGGCAAUAUAGCUGCUUCAAGUUUUACCAACAUGCAAAUUGGCGUAGGCACUCACAGCAGUAUGAGGCAUAAGUGGGCAUUUUCAGUCUAAGUUGCUCCGACAUGGUAGUUUAGGUGCCGCACCCAUGUCGACACGACACUAAUAUGGGUGUGGGUAUGGCAUCCGUACCGGAUCUGAUCAAACAAUUUUGGGUACUUUGACCACGACGGA